CACAGCACAGAGGCCACUUAGAUCCUGGAUGUGAGACUGGGUAGCUGAAUGACCUUGGCAAAUUUUUUAUUCUCUGUACCUGAUUCCUCACAGGUAAGGUGGAGAUUAAAAUAUCCAUCGCACAGGUUGUGAAAUUAACUUGAGAUAAUGUACAUAAAACGCCAGGCCUGAUACCAUCCUAGCAGGUAGAAACUGCCAAAUUUGCAUUAUUGUUAGGUGAACAGUGUAGAACAGUCGUGGGUAGUAGUGACCACCAGGUGGCGCGAGAGCACAGUGGCCUGGGGACCAGCGCUCUAAAACGACGCAGUCAGAGCCGGUGCCUAGUCUUACUAAAGCAACAGGAUGCUGAGACUCGCGCGCCCCAAAUCAAGGCUGGGUGGGCUCACAGUUCAGCCUCAGACCUCGCGGAAGAGGACUGAAGCUAUGAAGUCCCCAGUCAGCGCCCUAGGUGUGUCUUGGCCCAGGUGUGCAGAAAAAGCUCAGGGACCCGGGUUCCCCAGUGCUCCAGGAGUCGCAGGUUCUCUGGCGUAACCGAAUCGGAUCUGGUUCGGGUCCCGGAGCCUCCCCGCGAGGCAGGAAUGGUCCCCAGGCCGCCCCCCGCCGCGCCGCAGGAAUCAGUAACAUUCAAAGAUGUGGCCGUGGACUUCACCCGGGAAGAGUGGCAUCACGUGGACUCUGCCCAGAGGAGCUUGUACAGGGAUGUGAUGCUGGAGAACUACAGCCACCUGGUUUCUCUUGGAUAUCAAGUUUCCAAGCCAGAGGUGAUCUUCAAAUUGGAGCAAGGAGAGGAGCCGUGGAUAUCAGAGGGAGAAAUCCAAAGACCUUUCUGUCCAGACCGGAAGACAAAGCCAGAAGCUAAAUCACCAAGGCUGCAGCACUGCACAUCUGAAGUAUUCCAUAGUACAGAUGAUUUCUCACAUGUCACAUUAGAAGAUGCCUGGGAUGUCAGUAGCCAGCUAGAGAGGCACCAGGAAAAUUGGAGGCAAUAUCUGGGGCCAGAUGUGUCUACACAGAAAAAAAUAACCACCCUAGAGGAAAAUUUUGAGCAAAAUAAAUUUGUUGAAAACUCUAGAUUGAACAUAGACUUGAUUCCACAACUGAACAUUCCUUCAAGAAUAAGGCCUAGUGAAUGUGGAACAUUUGGAAACAAUUUUGGACAUAAUUCAGAUUUUAAUCAGAAUAAUAGCCUUGCAAAAAAGAAGCCCUAUAAAUGUAAUAAAUGUAGAAAAGCCUUUAUUCAUAGAUCAUCACUUACUAAACAUGAGAAAACUCAUAAAGGAGAAGACACUUUCCCCAAUGGUACAGGUCAGGGAAUUUAUCCUGGCAAGAAACACCAUGAAUGUCCUGACUGUGGGAAAACUUUCCUCUGGAAGACACAGCUUACUGAGCAUCAGAGGAUUCACACUGGAGAAAAACCUUUUGAGUGCAAUGUGUGUGGAAAAGCCUUCAGGCAUAGCUCAUCCUUAGGUCAGCAUGAGAAUGCUCAUACAGGAGAGAAACCCUAUCAGUGCAGUCUCUGUGGGAAAGCCUUCCAGCGCAGUUCCUCUCUUGUCCAACACCAGAGAAUUCACACUGGAGAGAAGCCCUAUCGAUGUAAUUUAUGUGGGAGGUCUUUUAGGCAUGGUACAUCCCUUACUCAACAUGAGGUCACACAUAGUGGGGAGAAGCCCUUCCAGUGUAAGGAAUGUGGGAAAGCUUUUAGUCGAUGUUCUUCCCUUGUCCAACAUGAGAGGACUCAUACUGGAGAGAAACCUUUUGAAUGUAGCAUUUGUGGAAGGGCUUUUGGUCAGAGCCCAUCCCUUUAUAAACAUAUGCGGAUUCAUAAAAGAGGCAAACCUUACCAAAGCAAUAACUACAGCAUAGAUUUUAAGCACAGCUCUUCUCUUACUCAAGAUGAAAGUACACUGUCUGAGGUGAAAUCCUACCAUUGUAAUGACUGUGGGGAAGACUUCAGUCACAUUUCAGACUUCACUGACCAUCAGAGGAUCCAUACUGGAGAGAAUCCCUAUAAUUGUGAUCAGGUCUUUAAUCAGCAGUCUAUUUCUCACCCUGGAGAGAAACCUUAUCAAUGUAAUGUAUGUGGAAAGGCUUUCAAAAGGAGUACAAGUUUCAUAGAGCAUCACAGAAUUCAUACAGGAGAGAAGCCCUAUGAAUGUAAUGAAUGUGGAGAGGCCUUUAGUCGACGUUCAUCACUUACCCAACAUGAGAGAACCCACACUGGAGAGAAACCCUAUGAAUGUAUUGACUGUGGGAAAGCUUUCAGUCAGAGUUCAUCCCUUAUUCAGCAUGAGAGAACUCACACUGGAGAGAAACCCUAUGAAUGUAAUGAAUGUGGGCGUGCAUUCCGGAAGAAAACCAACCUACAUGAUCAUCAAAGAAUUCAUACUGGAGAAAAACCUUAUUCUUGUAAGGAAUGUGGGAAAAAUUUCAGUCGAAGCUCAGCUCUUACUAAACACCAGAGAAUUCAUACAAGAAAUAAACUGCAGGAACCCUAAAAUUAAGGAAUGUGUGGAAAGCUUGAGCUAAAAUACUGUCCCAAUUCAGUAUCAGGAUUCUUACUGGAGAGAAAGUCUGAGAAUGUAAUUAUGUAUGUUUGUAUGUUGUGUGUGGAGAAAGUUGUGCCAGUAGGCAAAUUUUUUAAUAACUUAAAAGCCACAUUCUGAUAUCUAAUUAUAAGUUUUUAUAAAAAGUACAAAAUAUGUAACCAUUUGGAAAUGAUAUGCCUAUAUUUGGACUUUACAAAGCUUCCAGAUACAGGUGUGUGGGACAUCACCAACUUUCCACAGCUUGAUGUGUAGUUCUCAGUUUACAGCCUUUAAAAAAAAUAAAAUUCCUACCAUAAAGACCAAAAUUCAUUAUAAACAUUGCUUCACAAUUGCACUGAACUUCAGUUCUUAUAUGAAAUUCCUGGGCUAGGGAUAUAGCUCAGUGGCACAGUGCCUGCCUGGCAAGCACAAGGUCAUGAGUUCUAUUCCCAGUACAAAAAAAAAUAAAAUACAUUUCCAUGGAAACCAAUUCCAUGUCCAGGAAUUAUUCAAAGAAUUAGAUCAUCUGGCUCAACCACUUUAUUAUGCAGGCAAGGAGGACUGAAAGCCAAAGAUUUGAAGUGGUUUGCACAGGAUGGUGCAGCCUAUAAUGGCAGAGCUGAAUGGAGAAAGGUUUCUGGGAUCUUUGGUCCAUAGCAUUGCUACCUAAAAAGUAUUUUGGAAGUCAGAGGGUUCUUAAAUUUUAUGUAAGUCAGAUACCUAGACAUUUAAUAAGCACCUAUGGAUUGGACAUGUUGGAAUUCCUAAAAGCCUAAGAGGCAGCAAAAUACAUACAAAUUUGUUGUAAACUUAUUCAAGGAUGUUUAUUGGAAGCUUACACACCAAAAAGCUAAUAGAAACUGUAGAUAAUUGAUCUACUGAUGACUUUUUUUCCUUUUACAGUUACAAUUUUACUUUGUACUAAUGUCAGUUUUAUAGAACUAUGAAGGUUUUUUUUUUAAAUUGUGCUUUUAAUGGCACCUCAUGAAAAAGUACUGCUCCAACCUACCUAUAUCAGAUCAAUGGGAAAAGAACAGAAAACUAGAAAAAUUAUUUCCUAAAUUAGAGAAGUAUAAAUUCAAUUACCUAUUGCCAUAAAUUCUGUUUUUGACUCAGACAAACAGCAUGGUUAGGCUUAUGUGCAAAGGAAAUACGUCUCCAAUAAAAAACUUCUUUUACCUCCAUAGUUCUUUUCUAUCAAUAAACUGUGAAGUAAGUUUCAUUGGCCCACCUCAGUUCUUAAUGUCCCUUAGUGCCUCACAUCAGCAAUCCUAAAGGAAUUUCCAGAAUCUUUGUUGGUUCAUCAAUAGCAACAGUACAAAUUUGGAAACAAUAUUAAUCCCUUGCACACAACAGCCACUCCCCACACUAAGUUUUCCCAGCCCUAAUGAUGGUCCUCAGGGAGUGGUGAUGUGAAUGAUAUUGAUGGUCAGCCUUUCCUACUGACUUCCUUGCAUGCCAGAUAGUGGAAUCUACUGCUGUUCUCAUAACAUGGUGGCAUGAGGUAGCUCUCAAGUAUUCAUCAUUUUUGAGGGGACAGGUAAAUAUGCAUGGGGGCUGAAAUGUUAUAUGUGUAGCCUAAUAAGUCUUCCACUUGUGAAACAAGAUGGAUAGCAUAUUCCAUAGCAGAGUUGUCCUUCCAAAAUAUUAGCCAUUUUUUUUAAAAAAGCUUUGUGUAUGAUGCUCCAUGCUUAGCACACAUGUCACAGCCAUGUUUAUGUGGUCUGAUACAUAGUUUGACAACAGAUAAUUCUAGUCAGGUCCUCCCCUGCUGAGUGGCUAGAGUGCUUGUCAGGAACUUGCUGCUUGGGGAAUCCCUAUAGUACACUACUGGGAAAGGAUGGCAUGAAUUGUGACCUGUUGAGUGCUGAUCCACAGUGUUACUGAAAUUUAUCAAUAUUUGGUUCCACAAAACCCAAAAGAGACCCGUGUGUGUGUGUGUGUGUUUAGCCUGGCCUAACCAUCACUCAGAAUCUCAACAUGCCUCCAUUGACGGGAGGAGCCAGGAUGAAUGUGUGGCUUAUUGAGCAGAGGGUUUCCUAAUACCAGCAGUCUUGUACUGUGUACUUAGGAAGACAGCCUUUCAGUGCUACAUGAAAUGGAUCCUUGUAACAGCAUUGUAUUCUUUCAAUAAAUGGCCUGAGUUGAAUAGGAA